AUGAUGCGGAGGCUGCUGUGCGAUUUCUCUAGGUUGUUUUUAGGUGGGAGUUCACCGUGCUCUAUUUUUCAGUUUCGAAGUAUUUCAACGUCAUCUGCUUUUCUCGACAGUAUUAGAGAUGCUCAUCGAGCAGGAACAAAAACUGUUGGAGCGGUUAAAGAAGUUAUGGAAGGCACAGCAGGUGCAGGACAACUCACUACGGUCAAUUUGCAUGGCAUUGAAUCACGUUUUCCUACCGCAGAAACGAUGAAAAUUCAGUUUGAUGGCAUUCCAUACUGCGAAUUGCCUAUUGCAUAUAUUAAAGCUACGAAGAAUAAUACUUUGGUGACAGUUAUGGAUAAUAAGAAUCAUGUAAUCAUUUACACGUCGUGUCGUCUCGAAGGCUUCAAACAUGCACGUAAAAAGACCACGAUUGCCGGUCAAACAACUGGAGUGGCGGCUGGGCAACGGUUGGUUCGGAGAGGAGUUCGAACAGUUCGAGUAGAGGUGAAAGGUCUUGGUCCAGGACGUAUGACAUGUGUGAAAGGCUUAACGGUUGCUGGAGUUAAUGUAGUAAGCAUCACAGACCACACGCCACUUAAGGAACUUGGUCCAAGACCACGUAAAAUUAGGAGGGUUUAG